AUGAGUGACUUGAAGGGAGGAGAACUGCUGACUCUGCCAAAGGACGGCACCAAGUUUUAUGUUAAAACCUGGAAACGUACCGGAACUCCCAUUGCUGUCGUCUACCACUUUCACGGAAUGGGCGAGCACAUUAAUCGAUACGAGCACGUCUUUUCAGCAUUUGCUCAAGCUGGAUUCGAAGUCAAGGGGUUGGACUUCAUGGGACAUGGACGAACUCAAGUCGUCAACAAUUCAGUUAAAGGGGCGACUGACUUUGAAACAGUCUUUGCUCAAAUGGACAUGCUCGUGUUUGGAACUAAACACAAUCUGCCAGUUUUCUUGAUGGGUCACAGUUUGGGUGGAUUGCUUGUUUUGGCUUAUGCUCAAUCGCGUGGGCCUCGAAUUCCAAAUCUUCGUGGUGUUAUUUGUCAAGCACCCGCCCUCAAGGUCGUUCCACUACCACUCGGCAUCUUAGCCAAAGCUCUAGGUGGAAACGUUUGA